GUAUCGAAGAUAUAAAGAUUAGCAAUUGUACUGCAAUUUUCACUCUGAAAUAUGGCACCAGUACAGACAUUCGUGUUUUUCGAUAUUGCAACAAAACGUGAGGAUAAUGCGGAUAAUUGUGACGAAAUAAAGGCUUUGUGCUUCUUAGCUGUGCCACGGCAGCAAUAUUUAGAGCCCAACAAUAUCAGAGCUCCAAAUGAUGGAAAUCAAAUUUAUAUGGAGUUUCCUAAUAAUGAAAUCACGGUGGAAGAUUUUAAUACAAUUAAUAACUUUAUAAACCAACAAGAAAAACCAGUAUGUAUAAUGGCGCAUAAUGGUAAUAGAUUUGACUUCGGAAUAUUGAAGCGAAAAUUCAAUAGAUUAAAUGUGGAUUUAGCGAGCGACGUCUUGGUUGCAGACACUAUGUACGCAUUUCACGAUAUACUUGAAAAUAGAGCUCAAGGAAAUGCUGUUAGGAGGUUUUAUUGGGAGCCUCAUCCUCAACCAGCAAAUGGAUAUAAACUUCACGACGUCUAUACGAGAGUGGUAACUAAUAACCCAGUGGAAAUAGAACCACAUCCUCCUCAAAACGAUACUUAUAUGCUCUUCAGAAUAUCACACGCAUUGGGACAAAGAUUCUUAAACUGGGCUGACAACCCUAACAGGCAACGUCGUUUUGUACAAGUUCAACCUAAUGGAAUACAAAUAUAAUACUUAAACUCGAUGUCUACUCUAAACUUUAUUCGACCGUAGUCCAGUUGAUGACAUCAUGCCAACUGUAGAACCACAACCUAUGGACAACGCUGACAGCCGCGUUAUAUUAACAGUAGUGUGUAGAAAAAAAGUAGUGUGCAUUAGAUGAUAAAACACAA